AUGUAUAAGUUUGUACAUAAAUUGACCUUAUUUUACAUGAAGUCUCUCUCAGGGAGAUUGAUUGGUUCCGCCCUAAAAAAGUACGAAGUUAGCAGCUUCAAAAUCAUGCAUCCCCCAGUAGGCACUGCUGCCAGGGAGUUGAUCAAAUUUGCUCACCCCUGAGUUCGACAAUUCGGUAGAGUCGUCCUGGAAACUGGCUGAAUUGGAGUCUGGAAAGUUGAAAAAUGUGACAUAAGUUGCUCGCAAAAGCCUAUCUAGUUCGUCAGUUGUGCUGUAGGUUGUUGCUCCACACAUCUACAAGUCAGUCACUUACUUAGUGCGUGAUCUUGGGUAACGUGACGAUUGCGUUCGCUUGCGUCUAGGAAGCAUCGGCUACAGUGGGAACAUGCGAAAAUCUUGGAGGUGUUAUGGGAGGAGAGAUUGUGUCCCAUGAGCGCAAAUUUAGAUGGGAAGCUGAGAUCGCAUUUUGAGCAAAUGUGA